ACCCAAUUGGCGGCCAUUUAGUGCGGCAUUCAAUGCAUUCAAUGCUUGACUAUAACUAUACAGACAAGCCUUACAUUACAUUUACAUUACAUUUACAAUUCAUUUACAAAUUUAUUGCACUCUUUGUCUAUAUCUGUAAAAGUUUGGACAAAAUAAUUAUCAUUUGAAGAGUCAAUUGAUUUAACCAUUUAAUAGAUAAUAAUAAUAAGACACACAAUAAUGGCUGACACAGAACAAGAUCUUUUGGACUACGAGGAGGACGACGAACAAACUAACAAUGUGGCCGACGGUAACAACGCUGGCGGUGCCGUUGAGGCCAAAAAGGGCGGUUACGUAUCGAUUCAUUCGUCGGGUUUUCGAGAUUUUCUACUGAAACCGGAACUGUUGCGGGCUAUCAUUGAUUGUGGUUUUGAACAUCCGAGUGAAGUCCAACACGAAUGUAUCCCUCAGGCCAUCCUCGGUAUGGACAUCCUAUGUCAGGCCAAGUCCGGUAUGGGUAAGACGGCGGUAUUCGUAUUGGCUACACUCCAACAAUUGGAUCCCGUCGAAGGUCAGGUGUCCGUACUGGUCAUGUGUCACACUCGGGAGUUGGCUUUUCAGAUUAGCAAAGAGUACGAACGCUUUUCGAAAUACAUGUCUGUCAUUCGGGUGGCCGUCUUUUUCGGCGGUAUGAACAUCACAAAUGAUGAGAAGGUGUUACGUACUAAUCCGCCUCACAUUGUGGUCGGCACUCCCGGCCGUAUACUGGCUUUGGUCAGAAAUAAGAAGCUAAACCUGAAGCACAUCAAGCAUUUCAUUCUCGAUGAAUGCGACAAAAUGUUGGAACAGUUGGAUAUGCGUCGAGACGUUCAAGAGAUCUUUAAGGCGACUCCGCACGAGAAACAGGUGAUGAUGUUUAGCGCCACCCUAUCGAAAGAUAUCCGACCCGUUUGCAAGAAGUUUAUGCAGGAUCCGAUGGAAGUGUACGUCGACGACGAAACCAAACUAACACUUCACGGUCUGCAACAGUAUUACGUAAAACUAAAGGAUACGGAGAAAAAUCGCAAACUAUUUGAACUGUUGGAUGUGCUUGAGUUCAAUCAGGUCGUCAUUUUUGUCAAAACAGUUCAACGAUGUGUGGCUUUGGCUCAGCUGUUAGUCGAACAGAACUUCCCGGCCAUUGCCAUCCAUCGGGCAAUGACUCAAGAGGAUCGAUUGUCACGAUAUCAACAGUUCAAGGACUUCCACAAGCGUAUACUUGUGGCCACCAAUUUGUUUGGUCGCGGUAUGGACAUCGAACGAGUGAACAUUGUGUUCAAUUACGAUAUGCCCGAAGACAGCGACACAUAUUUGCAUCGUGUGGCCCGCGCCGGACGUUUCGGUACCAAAGGAUUGGCCAUUACUUUUGUAAGCGACGAAACCGAUGCCAAAACAUUGAACGAAGUUCAGGAUCGGUUCGACGUCAAUAUACCCGAAUUGCCCGAAGAGAUCGACAUUUCCAGCUAUAUUGAGGGACGUUAGGUGUGUAUAUGUAUGCGUGAAGACCUAUCGAUUGGUUGAUUAAUUGAAUGACUGGCGAUUGUGUGUGUAUAUGAAGACAUAAAUAAUUAUUAAAUCUUGUUUGUUUUGAUUUUUAAUUAUUCAUUUAAUUAAAAGAAAAAUGUAAUAAUUCAUUAUUAUUUAAACAUAUUUUUUGUGUUUAGUCAUUAAUU